GCCACCGUACCGACUCGCACCGGAGCAGGAAUACAGGCGCUCACAACGCGAUUAUGUCUGGAUUUUCGCUGCGUUUGUCCAACACACGGAGCUGCAUUUCCCACCGCGGGCUCUACUGGUUUAUGUAUUAGGGAACGCUGUUAUGUUAUUCUACGGGUAGCUGGUAACAUAGCAGGCCUGUUUAUUGCGCUGCCAACCCUUGUUCCUUUCCUGUGUCAAUGAUUGUCCUCCCCUCACUCUCAUGGCGGAGACUAAAAUAAUAUAUCACAUAGACGAGGAGGAGACUCCGUAUCUGGUCAAGCUGUCUAUUUCUCCGGAGAAAGUCACCUUAGCGGAUUUUAAAAAUGUCCUCAACAAUCGGCCGGUCAAUAGCUACAAAUUCUUCUUCAAAUCGAUGGACCAGGAUUUCGGGGUUGUCAAAGAAGAGAUUUCCGAUGACAACGCCAAGCUGCCCUGCUUCAACGGGAGAGUAGUGUCCUGGCUGGUCCUGGCAGAGAGCGCCCACUCUGAUGGAGGGUCUCAGUGCACGGAGAGCCACCCGGAGCUGCCCCCUCCUCUCGAGAGAACAGGGGGCAUCGGAGAUUCGCGGCCCCCCUCCUUCCACGCCAACGCGGUGAGCAGUCGAGAUGGCCUGGACACCGAGACGGGUACGGAGUCUCUGCUGAGCCACCGCAGAGAGCGAGAGAGGGAGCGUGCACGGAGGAGAGCUCGAGAGACCGAGCUCCCUCGCAUCAACGGUCACUCGAAAUCAGAGCGCACGGCAAGGGACUCGGCCAUGGGCUACGACAGCGCCUCGGUAAUGAGCAGCGAGCUGGAGUCCAGCUCGUUCGUCGACAGCGAGGAAGACGAGGAUGCUAGCAGGCUCAGCAGCUCCACAGAACAGAGCUCUUCCUCACAGCUGAUGCGCCGACACAAACGCCGCCGACGGAGGCACAAAGUGGCCAAAAUAGACCGGUCUUCAUCCUUCAGCAGCAUCACAGACUCCACCAUGAGCCUCAACAUCAUCACCGUCACACUCAACAUGGAGAAGUACAACUUUCUGGGUAUCAGUAUUGUCGGUCAGAGUAAUGACCGGGGAGACGGUGGCAUUUACAUUGGCUCGAUCAUGAAAGGAGGAGCUGUGGCUGCUGAUGGAAGAAUAGAACCUGGAGACAUGCUCCUGCAGGUGAAUGAUGUAAACUUUGAGAACAUGAGCAAUGACGACGCUGUGAGGAUCCUCAGAGAAAUAGUUUCCAAAACUGGUCCUAUUAGUCUUACUGUUGCCAAAUGUUGGGACCCGUCUCCACGAAGCUACUUCACCAUCCCGCGUGGUAAGACAGACACAAGUGCUAUGUUGCAAUCAGCUGAGCCAGUGAGACCCAUUGACCCUGCAGCCUGGAUUUCUCACACCACCGCCUUGACAGGGCCUUACCCGCACUACGAGUUCGACGACUUGCCCCUGUCUGCGAGUAAAACAGACAUGGCAACCAUUGUCAAAGUGAUGCAGCUGCCUGACUCUGGCCUAGAGAUUCGAGACAGGAUGUGGUUGAAGAUCACUAUCGCUAAUGCUGUCAUUGGUGCUGACGUGGUGGACUGGCUUUACUCCCGAGUAGAGGGCUUCAAGGACCGGCGGGAUGCGAGGAAGUACGCGAGCAGUCUCCUGAAACAUGGCUACCUGAGACACACCGUCAACAAGAUCACCUUCUCCGAGCAGUGCUACUAUACGUUCGGGGACCUCUGCCAAAACAUGGCAUCACUCAAUUUAAACGAGGGAUCCAGCGGCGGAGGCUCUGAGCAGGACACUCUGGCACCGCUCCCUCCCACCAGCAACCCCUGGCCCCUGGGCGGGCAGCCAUUCCCCUACCCUCCCUUUCCCUCCGCACCCCCCAGCUUCCCGCCAGGAUACUCAGACCCUUGCCACAGUUUCCACAGUGGGAGCGCAGGCAGCCAACACAGCGAGGGAAGCCGAAGCAGUGGAUCCAACCCCAGCGCAGGCAAAGGUAGACGCUCCUCCCCACAGGAGAAGGGUCAACGGUCAACAUGCAGCGAAUCAGAGCCCCGCAUCCACGGAGGGAGACGCGGUGACAGGUCCGCCAGCCAAAUGAGCCAUCACAGCCACGCCGUCUCCAGUCACAGUCACGCCCGAUCGAGCCUCAGUCACAGUCAGUCACACAGGAGUCACCCUCUCUCACAGAACAGCCACCCGCCCUUCACCUACAGCCACGCCCCCUUCACCCAGCCGGGGCCGGGCUCGUGCGCACACAGCGAGCGAAGCCACGCCUCCUCCUACGGCCCCCCGGGCUUGCCUCCCCCUUAUUGUCUGGCCCGACUGGCCCCCAAGACCUUGGUGAGCAGCAGCACGCCCCCUGGAGCCCCUCCUGGGAGAGAGUUAGCAGCCGUCCCUCCUGAGCUCACCGCCAGUCGCCAGUCCUUCCAGCAUGCUAUGGGCAAUCCCUGUGAGUUCUUUGUUGACAUCAUGUGACAGGACAGUGCCUUUAAAACUCAUCGAGCACAAAGAAAAAAAAGAUUCUCCCCCGAACCCCCGUCACCUCCUUCUUUCUUUCCUCUCGAUCCUUGUCCUCUGACUGUCUCUAAGUUCAGAAUGUAGACACUGACUGACCCUCUCCCUGCCCCCCCCCCCCUGCUAUCUGUCUAUCUGUCCCUGUGAUGUCUAAGCAAAGGAAUACAGGCAGCAAGCGCACAACAGGAGGGAGUCCUCUCUCACACACAAGCACGGGUCCUCUGUGGCUGAAAACCCUCUUUUGUAUUGACGUGACGUGUACAGUUUGUGAAACGUGAGUGCUAUUCAGUGUGGUGAUUCUUUAAAGCUGCCACGCAGACAUUCCCGGGAGUGUGUACCCUACCUGGGAUAUUUUUUCGUUCUGCAAGACCUUUAAGCUGGCUGGGCCUGGAUCUCAAUCCCCCAGACCCAGACCGACAACUACAGCUCGCACUUAGGAACAUUUCUCUGGGCCCAGAACUCGGAACUGACUCGCAUCCGUGUGUACCGAUACGAUUUAGCACGUUACGCCAAACCUCUGGCCCCAUUUCCUUUAUACUGUGGCGCCGUCACAGGCUUAUUUAAGCUCUUACCUGCCAGCUACUAAAACGCUAACCUUGACCAGUUCAUGAACCGUGGAUUUCUUCGACUUCAGAAGGGAGGCCCUGUAGCCAGCCGUUAGUUUAACUGGGCUGCAUAUUGCAUGACUGUCUCAACUGCUUUAAAGAAAAAUUUUAUUAAUACGUUUUGUUUAAAGUAUUACCAUAUUGGGAGGAGGGGUUGCCUCUUGCCAAUGUUCUAAAGGAAGAAUCCGUACACUGGAUGAUUUUCGUGAUGUUAUUUAUGUGAUCAUGUUGCAUUGAUGGUGUCAUUCUUUGUCUACUGCGGCUGACUGACAGACAAUCAGACAUCACCCCUUGUGAACCAGUGGCCAGUUUCCACUGUCCUAGCUGUGCUUCGUCGAAUGUAUCAUUAUUCCUGUCAGUGAUUCAACCCUGACAUUCAUAGCACUUGGGUUACGCAAGCGAAUCAACUUACAAACCGGAUUGCAAACAGUGGACGCCCACCACAGAGAGAUAAACCGGUCUGCUGAAAGCAUCACGGCUGUCUCCUUCGUGAACUCCGCUAACAGUCAGUGCGAUAAAAAGCCAAAGCCUCACAACGUGUGGUGGACAUGUCUUAAUAAUGUAGGAGCCGUCUGUGAUCUCCUUAUGAUUAUCAUCUGACACUUCUCAUUUUACAACUACAAAGUGACUUCAGGGGGAAUCCUGGCCUUCAGAUUCUGAUCUCCUUGCAAAACAAUGGCAAACCCCCUGUUGUAUUUACCUAAAAUACAGCUACAGGAGGGAAAUAACACACAGACACUAGUUUUAUGAGCACUUUUCCAUUUUGUCCCUCCCUCCCUUUAGUAUGAAACACUGUUUGCAAUCAAAGCUUUCUCUUUAAUUUUGUUUCUUUACGAAAGAAGAAUAAAUUGUACAUAGAAAUUUAUUAUAUAUAUGAA